CGCGCACACACAUAUGUACACAGCAGUAGGCAUAGACACAGACGAAAGAAGAACAAGCAGUAGAGGAGAAUGCGAAUAAGAACUGCGUAUAUGUAUGUGGAAAUACAAAACAGCAGACACAACGAACAGUGUGCUUUUUCGGCAUAGAUCUCAAGCCUCAGACGCAUUAAAUCAACGCAAUUAAAACGCACAAUCUAAUCGAAAACCAUCGACAAACAAGCUGCUGGCAUAAAUUGUGAUCGAACAGCUGUGGAAGUGGAAAGGGCACCAAAAAAGUAAUCAUAAAGUGCGAAAGGUCAGCAGCAGGAACAUUUCGCUGUAUAUCAAACAGUGUGUUUGUGUGUAUAUGUGUAUGUGUGUCUAGCUGUCACUUUCUUGCGCGCGCACAAGACAUACACAAAUUGAAAUCAGCGACAACACCUCCCCCACAACCCAUCAAAGACAAAACUUGACAUACGCGCCCGGUUCCGGUGCCAUCGAGCCACCGCCGUUGGUCAGUUACCCGUCUCUAGACCCAUCAACAGCGCAACACUCGGUUGCAAUCGCAUACAUAUAAAAAAGUGGAAGUGCGCGUUGCUGUGGUUGCAUUUCCUUUUUGGUUUUGUUGCUAUCUAUAAGAUUAUAAUCCACAUUCAGCUCCAGGCAUUUAGCGCAGGUGCCGGUGCCAACGUUGCCGUCGUGCUGCUGUUUACAUGUGGAAGUUGUUGUACAGAAACGCUGACAACAACAAAGGACGCUGCAAAGAAUCCAGAAGAGCAAAACAAAACGUAAGACCUCAGCAGAACCACAGUGUUGAGCAGCUUUAAUUGCUUUAGCCCUUAUCAAUUGCAAACUGUAAACACUCCGGCGAAAAAUAACGAAGCAGACCUUCAAGACUGGAAUAUAAGAGCUAAAGGAGUUGCUGGAGCAGAGGUGGUGGCAGGCACGCGUGUUAAGCGUUAAGCCGGCUUUGUGUGUUGUACGCGUGUGCGGGGGAGGGGGGCGCGGUUGAGUGUCCACUAUUCGUGAGAUGUUGCCAUUCACUCCGCAAGUGGUUAAACGUUUGUUAGCACUCAAAAAGGGCAACGAGGACAACAGUGUCGAGGGCAAGUGGUCCGAGAAGGCUGUCAGGAAUCUGGUGAAGAAGAUCAAAAAGAAUUCACAGAUUGAGGAACUAGAACGCGCCAUCUCCACACAGAACUGCAAUACUCGGUGUGUGACUGUGCCGCGCAGCAAGCCCGCUGCCACCGGCGAAAGCCUACGGAAGGGCUUACCGCACGUCAUCUAUUGCCGACUGUGGCGCUGGCCCGAUCUGCAGUCACAGAAUGAAUUGAAACCGCUCGAGCACUGCGAGUACGCGUUCCAUUUGCGCAAGGACGACAUCUGCAUUAAUCCGUAUCACUAUAAAAAGAUUGAGCUAUCAAUAUUGGUUCCAAAGUCGCUACCAACGCCCCCUGACUCCAUUGUCGAUUAUCCUUUGGACAAUCAUACACAUCAGAUACCAAAUAAUACGGAAUACAAUGCUGCAAUAAUACGCAGCGCCUCGCUCAGUCCGCCACAGUAUAUGGAAUUGGGUGGCAGCAGCAGCAACAGCAGCAGCAACAACACAACAACAACUGGAGCCGGCGGCUACCAGCAACAGCAGCAGCAACAACAACAAAACUCGCCGAUAUCCUUUGGCAGCGUGGUAGGCGUGGGCCAGAACUUGCCACCAGGCAGCUGCAACAUGGACUCGCAAUCCAGCGUGCUCAGCGUGGGCAGCAGUAUACCCAACACGGGCACCCCGCCGCCGGGCUAUAUGAGCGAGGAUGGCGAUCCAAUUGAUCCAAAUGAUAAUAUGAAUAUGUCGCGGCUAACACCGCCCGCCGAUGCCGCACCAGUGAUGUACCAUGAGCCGGCCUUCUGGUGCUCCAUAUCCUACUAUGAGCUAAAUACCCGAGUGGGCGAAACCUUUCACGCCUCACAGCCAUCGAUAACGGUGGACGGCUUUACCGAUCCAUCCAAUUCGGAGCGCUUCUGCCUGGGCCUCCUCUCCAACGUGAAUCGCAACGAGGUCGUUGAGCAAACUCGUCGCCAUAUUGGCAAAGGCGUUCGCCUCUACUACAUUGGCGGCGAGGUCUUUGCCGAAUGCCUGAGUGAUUCGUCAAUCUUCGUGCAGAGUCCCAAUUGUAAUCAGCGCUAUGGCUGGCAUCCGGCAACCGUUUGUAAAAUACCGCCUGGAUGCAAUUUGAAGAUCUUCAAUAAUCAGGAGUUUGCCGCCUUGCUCUCCCAAUCGGUAUCCCAGGGAUUCGAGGCAGUUUAUCAGCUAACGCGUAUGUGCACCAUCCGCAUGUCCUUCGUUAAGGGCUGGGGCGCCGAAUAUCGCCGACAGACGGUUACCUCAACGCCCUGCUGGAUCGAACUCCAUUUGAAUGGACCACUCCAGUGGCUCGAUCGUGUACUCACCCAGAUGGGCUCGCCUCGUUUGCCCUGCAGCUCCAUGUCCUAAGUGUGGCCGCAAAACAAAACUCUUUGACAUAUGUACAUGUGCAUAUAUAUAUUUGGAAUAUAUAUAUAUAUAUAUAUUUUUUUUUUAAUCUAUUCCACAAAGCGGAGCAAUUAAAACACAAGAAGUGAGAACAAAAAACAAACAUGAAGUGAAAAGAAAGGUAAAAAAGUUGCAGUCGGAAGAUACCGACUGCCGAAUACUCUGUUCCCAGUGUGUUUAUACGACGAGUGGGAAAGGGACAUGGGAAAAAUAUAAACGUAUGUAUCUCAUCUUAUAUGGAGAUCAUCAAUAGUCCUUAAAUUAAAUUUGGUCACUAGCUUUCAAACUGUUUGGAUAUAAAGCGCUUUUUUUUCCUGAAUGGCGGAGGGUGGAUGUGGGUGUCGUAAAAAUCUAAAUACUUGUACCUUAACCAAACAUAUAAUAGUGUCAACAGACUCACGGACAUUGUACUAACCAUUAUUCACAUUUUUUUCCUUUGGGAACAGAGUACAAAAUCAAAAUUAAAAUUUUGAGAGCACAUUAAAUUAGAUGUAGCUUAUGCAGUUUGCACAGCGCUACAGAAAAAGAGAACUUCUAUAUUCUAUCUACAUAUACACAAAUACGAGAUCAUGUAUUUUGCGUUACAUGCUUAGGGUUUUAGUGCUUAGGAAUAGGCAGAUGGGUUGGGGAAGAUGAGACAGACAUUUUUGAUAAGAAUGGGCGGCUCCACAUUUUAAAACAAAAAUUAACAUUUUAUACACAGUUUGUAGACAUAGAAGAAAGUAAAAAUACGAAGACAGCUAAAAAAGAAAUAGAUCCUGUUUAACAGUGUUUGCAAUCGCGCACCGCCAAAAGAGCGAGAGAUUCAAAAUUCUUUGUGAAAGAAACAAAACAAACGGUGAUUUGGGAAACGUUUUUCUAAGAUUGAUCAUAGCAAGGAACAAAAAACAUGAAAUGAUACAACAACAAAAUACAGCAGUAACUGGGAUUUUUCAAGCUUGAAGCUUACACACGUAAAUACAUAUGAGCUAUCUUACCACAUUUAAUUAUAAAUGUUAACAAAUUAAAAUAUGUCAUAUGAAUGUUGUUCUAACGUUUCAAUUUUUUGCUUCAUAUGUGUGUGUUUAAAUCUUAAAAUAACAUAAAUCAAGCAAAUCGCAAAUGAAGGCGUUUGUCGUUUUAUUAGUAAAAACAAAACAAGCAAAAAACAAAACAACACUUAC